GAAACGUGAUUGGUGUUUGGUCUUUAUAAACUUCACUACCCAGAGUUCCCUUCGGCGCUGCGUCAUGAGGUCAAGCUAACAUUGUUGUCGUUGGAGACGGCGCAGGCUGAAGCGGGAAGAGAGAAAUAAACGCUGAAACCAGUAAAGAAAAGUUACCCGAAGCGCUCCCACCGCGUCAGAAAAGAAGGAAAUAUGUUCAUUUUUAUAAAAACAUGAAUCAGAAACAUUAUCAUUUGGUGGGCUAACAGGAGAAUGAGCUUUUCCCCCGCUUCUUCUAUUGACCGGCUGUUUGUUUGCUAGCUAAAAGUCAACAGGUUGACUGUUGAUUUGCAGCAUCUUUCAAUGGCCUCAACAGGUUGGCAGCAUCCUUACGUGAACAUUUUCAAACAUGUUAAAGUUGAGAAAUGGAGAAGGUCGGCCAAAGCUGGAGAUGUGUCGUCUGCUAUGGACCGGACUCUGAGGUGUCCGGUGUUUUCUAUCAAAGGUCCAGUUCCCACUAACAGCUACAUCCUGGUUCCCAAAAGCAGCCACCAGUCUCUGGGCCUGACCGGUCGAUACUUCUACCUUCUGUUCAGACCCACGCCUGGAAAAUACUUCAUGGUCCACCUGGACGUCGCCGUGGAGGAGGGCCAGGUGGUCCGGAUCUCCUUUUCCAACAUGUUCAAGGAGUUCAAGUCCACAGCUACUUGGCUCCAGUUUCCCUUCCUUUGUGGAGCUGCGAAGGAUUCGGUUUACGAAAAAACCUCGAGAUCAGCGAGGCAAGGUCUGGUGGGUCCGGCUCCGGACUCGGUGCGUUGGACCUGCCUGAUGAUCGACCUGUGCUUCACGCUCACCUUCUACCUCAACCGGCACCACGCUCACCUGAAGAGCGUCAAGCUCUGCGCCAACAUGGCCGUGAAAAACAUGUUCACCAGCGACCUGCUGCUGGACCCAGCAGUGACCUUCAGUGAGGCGAAGCUCCGAGGUCUGUCCGCCUGCCGGGGAACGGGUCCGAUUCCCAGAGAGAUGUCCUUCCCGGUGCCGAAAGGAGGCUCCUGGAAUGACUUUUACGAUCACGUCAAGUUUCCCUCUGAUGGGACUAAACUUCCCUUUGACUCCAUUCAGAAACCGGAUCCAGAGGCUGGAAGACCUUCAGACGAGACUGACGAGCCUCGCUCCGCCAGAAUCAGCGGCCCGGUUCAACACCGAGGUUCUCCCUGUCAGCUGAUCGCCGCCUCCAGACUCCUCCCGAGGAACCGAACGUCUGUGGCGUCCAGCGUUCCCGAGUUGAGUCCGUCUGACGCGACGGAGGCAGGAGUUCAUGUGUACGCGCAUCCGCAAGACGCUCUCAGCACGCACGGAGACAGCAGCGGAGACGAGGUGUUUGGCUCCUCAGUGUCGCUUCCUGUGGCCUCGUUCAAAGAGAGCAAGCAGCAGCUCCUGCCCGACCCGAUCCUGCAGCUCAGCCGGAUCAUCGGCUUCGGAGGAGCCACCACCAGAUAUGCCCUGUGGACCAAAUCAGGGGAGGAAGUGGUUUAUCCGUGCCACGCGAUCAUCGUUUCUAUGAAGAUCCUGUCCAGCGAGCAAAGAUUCUUCAUCGGCCACACAGAUAAGAUUUCUGCGCUGACCUUUAACGGCAGUACGACCCUGCUGGCGUCGGCCCAGAGCGGCAGCAACAGCGUGGUGCGGCUGUGGGACUACAGCGGAGGAAGCUGCCUGUCCAUGUUCAGGGCUCACUCUCAUUCUCUGUCCUGUCUCAGUUUCUCCUCUGGGGGCGGCAUCCUCUGUGGCGUGGGGAAGGACAGACACAACAAAACGAUGGUGGUGGUGUGGAACACGCUAAACGCUGCUAAAGGCGGGGAGGGAACCAUCUUGGCCAAAGCGCACACAGAUGUGGACAUCGUCACCAUGAAGGUCACUUCCUUCGAUGAGACGAGGAUGGUGUCGUGCGGCCGAGAGAACGUCCGUCUGUGGCGGGUCCGGAACGGCUCGCUGCGGUCCUGCCCGGUCUACCUGGGAGAGUUUCACUCCCUGGACUUCACUGACGUGGCGUUCCAGGAGGGCGGCGCCGCUGACCAGCAGCUCGACGACCGAACGCUAUUCGCCAGCACGCAGAGCGGCCAUGUUUUGGAGAUCGACUACAGCAGAGUGACGGUUAAAAACGUGAGGCGGUUGAUGCCUGCACAGCAGCGGCAUGCAGAACGCAGGGAGAAAUGGACGUUCAACACCGGUCCAGGGAUUCCCAUCAACAGCAUCAGCGUGUCUUCGUCGUUCUGCGCCACCGGCACCGAGGACGGCUUCCUGCGGCUCUGGACCCUCGAUUUCUCUGCAGUCAUUUUGGAGGCGGAGCACGAAGGCCCGGUGGCCGUGGUGUCGGUGUCGUCCGACAGCCUGCAGGUUCUGGCCGCCACCUUCACCGGAAACCUGGGCUACCUCGACGUGAGCAGCCGCGGCUACAGCACCCUGAUGAGGUCGCACACCGACGACGUGCUGGGCUUCAGCGUGGACGGCAUCCGGCGCCACCUGACCACCGCCUCGGCUGACGGGACGCUGCGCGUCUGGCACAUGGAUUCCUUACAGCAGUUGUAUGAUUUCGCGUCGAUGGACAAACCGUGCUCCGUGGCGUUUCAUCCACACGAGCCGACCUUCGCCUGCGGCUUCUGCUCCGGAACCGUCAGAGUGUUUGACAUUUCCAGCGCCAGGCUGCUGGCCGAGCACAAGCAGCACCGAGGGGAGGUCAUCGGUCUGGCCUUCUCCUCAGACGGAGACCUGAUGUUCAGCGCCGACUCUGACGGCUCUCUGGUGCUUCAUGACGUCUCGGAGGAGGAGCACAGCGUGGUCAGAGUGGCAUGCAGCGUUGUGGCCCGAGGCACUGAGCGCGCUCCGGACGCUCUGGCGGUCAGCGGCGACAGCAGCCGGCUGGCGUUCGUCGGUCCGACGCCGCACGUCAUCACCGUCGCUGACGCUCGCUCUCUGGACGAGCUGCUGCAUGUGGACGUCAGCGUUUUGGACGUGGAAAGCUCCGAGCUGGAUUCAGCGCUGAAGGUCCGCUUCUCUCCGCCCUCCGCCGAACAUUUACUUGUCGCUACGUCUGCUAACAAAAUCCUGUGGAUCAGCACCAAGACGGGCCGUCUGCUCAGACAGGUGUCCGGCGUCCAUAAGCGUCCCUGUUCCUCUCUGGCUGUGAGCGAAGACGGACGCUUCCUCCUCACGUCUGGACACAACACUGUGAAAGUGUGGGACUACAAGCGGACAAACCAAGUUAACCCACAGAUGUACAUCGGCCACAGCCAGCCGAUCCGCCAGGUCAGCUUCACCCCCGACCAGCUCGGGGUCGUCUCCGUGGGAGACGCCAUAUUCCUCUGGGACUUCCUGGCAGAGCCUGAUGAAUGUGUAAUGGGCAGCAGAUCCCAGUUCAAAGCUAGCUACAACAUUCCUCUGCCAGCAGACGGUGAAGUGAACGCAGCACAGCUGUCCAAUGGGAUGCCUCGGCAGGCGGUGCCGCUCCCCUCCUCGCAGCACCAGCUGGACGUUAGCGCCAUGGACCCAGAGAUUCAGGGAGGUUUGGUUCACCUGUCGGUUUGUGACGACGACCCAGCAAAACCAGUCCAACCCACUGGUCCCAGUCAGAGCCCCGACCACAGACCUGUCGUCUCCUUUCUCAAAGUCACUGACUUGGACAGCACUUCUCCCGAGGAAACAGACCAACUGGAAACCAUGGAGUUGAGUCAGAACAAACCGGACCGUCCAAACUGCUAUAAGCACUUCAUUCCCCGUUUGAAGACCUCGUCUCUGGAUCAGUCGGUUUCAGCUUCUCGACCUCAAGAUGAAGGCCUAAAGCUGAAAGCAGUGAUUGGCUACAACGGCAACGGCCGAGGCAACAUGGGCUGGAGCCCCGAUCAAGGUUUGUUUGCGUACUCUUGUGGCGCCGUGGUGGUGCUGGAGCAUCUCCACACGGGAACCCAGAGUCACCUGCAGGGCCACAGCGAGGAAAUCUCCUGCCUGGCCAUCUCUAAUGACGCUCAGACGUUGGCGUCGGCCGCUGGCAGCAGCAGGAGCCUCAUUUCCAUCUGGGACGUUCAGAGCGCAGCCUGCCGUGGAACCGCCUCCCACCACCAGGGGGCGGUGCAGAGCCUGGCCUUCUCCAGAGACGACCUCUUCUUCCUCUCUGUUGGAGAUUUCUGGGAUCCGGUUCUGGCGCUGUGGAGUUCGGAGUCGGUCCAGUUGCUCUGCAGUGUCAGCAUGUCUGCGCCGAUCCAUGACGCGGCCUUCAGCCCCACAGCAGCCAGGCAGUUGGCCUGCGUGGGCAGCGAAGGGAUCCACCUCUGCCUCAUCCACACACGCUCCUCAAACGCCGACGUCAAGGUGUCAAGGUGCAGUGUGGCGCCGCCGCCAGAGGUGGGCGACGUGGAGCUGACUGCUCUCUGCUACCACAUGGACUCCUUCCUGCUAACCAGCACCUCCGGCGGACAUGUCUGUGCGUGGGACGUAAACAAGCAGUGCUGCUUCAUGGUCUGGAGAGCAGAUGAGGGAGAGAUUGGAGUUCUGGUUUGUCGAGAGAAUCGCCUGCUGACGGGCGGCGCCACCGGCCGCCUGCAGUUAUGGCAGAUUGAAGCGGUUCAGGGGAUGAAGUCUGCUGAGACGACCUGCAGCAUAAAAGACAUGACCCUGAGUGUGUCGAAGGUCGUGGUGGAGCAGGAGGUCGUCCUGGACGGGAAGCUGGUCAGCGCGGCCUUCGAUAACUUCAUGGACAUGGGCAUCGUUGGCACCACGGCGGGAACACUCUGGUACAUCAACUGGUCAGACAGCAGCAUCAUCCGGCUGGUCAGCGGACACAGGGCAAAGGUCAACGACGUUGUCUUCAGCCGUGAUGAGAGCCGCUUCGCCACCUGCAGCCAGGAUGGCAGCGUGAGGGUUUGGUCGACCGGCAGCUUCGAGCUGGUGGUCCAGUUCCAGGUCAUCAACCAGGCUUGCGGCUGUCUGUGCUGGAGUCCGUCGUCCAGCAGCGACGGAUUGCGGAUCGCUGCCGGCUACGGCGACGGGACGCUCCGGAUCUUCCAGCUGGCCUCCACUGAGAUGGAGAUGAAGCUGCGUCCUCAUCAGGACGCCAUCACCGCCAUCACUUACUCCGCCAGCGGUCAUGUGAUCCUCUCAGCAGGAAGUAAGGGUCUGGUCGCCGUCAGCAGCCCAAUCAGUGGAGCAACGAUUCGAGUCAUCAGGGAUCAUAAAGGAGCAGCGAUCAACUCGAUCCAGAGCGUCAGCGAACAGUGUAAGCGAUUUGGACUGGAAGGAAAUGAGAUGUUUCUGGUGUCCGGCGCCGACAGACGGGUCAGCGUUUGGGCCGCCAACUGGUCCAAGGAGAAGUGUGACCUGCUGGACUGGCUGUCGUUUCCCGCUCCGCCCAGCUCUGAGGUUCGGCUCCUGGAGGACAGUUUGCCGCCCAGCCUGGCUGCUUUCUACCCUGCAGACCCCAGCCUGGUGCUCUACACCGGCUUCGGCCUGGAGAAAGAGCUGUCCUUCUACAGCCUGACCAAAAAACAAAUCAUUAAGAAGAUUUCGCUGACCCACUGGGCCACGUGCAUUAGCCUGUCUCCCAGGGGUCACCUGCUGGCUGUGGGGGCCAAAGAGCGGGUCCUGAAGCUGAUCAAGGCGACCAGCGGACGGUUCCAGGACUUCCUGCAGCACAGCGACGCUCUGCAGACGUGCCGCUUCUCGCCGUCCGGGUCACUUCUCUUCUCCGUCGCGUACGACGAGGUUCUGCUCUGGGAAGUGCCGGGCCUCUGACCCAACCUCUGUUUCUGUAGAUUUAUUUAUCCGUUUAUUGUUCCGGUUUUUAUUGUUCCACAGACUUUUUAUGAAUCUAAAUUAGAUUUUUAUGUGUAUAGUUUAAAAAUAAAACUUUUUUAUGGGAGA